GCCAACAUAAACCGAAGUAACGCCGCGUUCCCAACAGCUUGUCGACGCCUGCGCCCUCUUUUCCCCACCGUCUAUUUCCACGCGUCGACGAUCUUUCCGCCUUUCUCUCUGCAUCUUUCUCAAACACGACGAAAUUUCCCAUUUAUUUCACGUACUUCCCGCGAUUUUUGAUAAAACAGCGUGAAAAUUAAUUCCAUUCCGCCAUUGGUAGCGAAUUUUGUUACCAGACCAGUCCAGACGGCUACGUAAUUGCGCGACUGUAUAUUUAUUCAGUGGCAAUAAACAUGGCGUUUAUUUGAAUUUUCAAAUAUAGUUGAGAGGACUCUAACGAAUCUAAUUUUAUGAGAAUUACCGCGUUGUUAAUUGUAGAAGUAACAUGUUGUAUGAUAUUUUACGAUACUUGUAAACCAUUUACGAAACUAUGAUAAAUAAAAUGUUAUGACAUCAAGCACCUACGUAUCCAUAGUAACCAAUUCGAAUUUUACGGAUUUCUUUGAUAUUCGUUAAAUGUUCGCAUAAUUUAUAUUAAUUAUUUUUAUAUUACGAUGCAAUGGAGGCAUUAACAAAUUCUGACGUACGCGUUGUAUUGAAUGUAAAAGAAGGCAAAGGUUUUGAACAAAUUUUACUACCUACAUUAAUUGUUGCAACUCUGAAUGGACAUUCUUUGGAAACUGAAAUAAUCGAACCAAGUUCAAAUCCUGAGUAUGAUCAUGAUUUGGUUUGGGAAUUAGAUAAAAACAGAUUGCGAAAGAUGAGAUCAGGACAAGUUCCAUUAAAAUUAGAAUGUUUUGCUGUUAAAAGUAAUGAUAACAAAGAAAAACUAGGAUAUCUUUUACUUAGUUUGAGAUCUGCCCAAGUUUUUACUAAAAGUAACAUUAAAAAUGUGAAAGCUAAUUGGCAUAAACUAUCAGGAUUAAAAAGUGAACUCAAAACUCACAAACCUGAGUUACUUCUUGCUUUAAGUAUACAUGAUCUAGAUACAACAGUAAAUGCUCAAUUAGAGAAUUACAGCGAAAUUGAUUGUCAUAGAAAUCCUGCUGGUGAUUUUAGAAAAUAUGAAACUCAAAUUUCCAAUCCCUCAAAUGGUUACAAUAAUAUAAAUAAAUGCACUUUAAGUUGUGAUGUUAUCAAAGAUCAACCUAUCAAAGCUACCUGCUCACAUUCAGUUGACACAUUACUACAUCAAUCAAAUAUCAACGCCUCUAAAAGUAUAGAAGCUUAUCAUUGUUAUUAUUUGAAUAUUUUAUUGGUAGCAAUCAAAGCAACAUCUUCAAAGUUAACAGUCCCAAACAUGGAAAUUCGAUUCCAUCAUCCAAAAACUGAAGUUACGUCAGCAUUUCAACUAAAAACGUCACUUUCAUUAGGAGAGAAAGUAAAAUUACAAGACAUAAGAUGCAAAUUACAAUUUAUAUCAGCAAUAGAUGAAAUCAAACAAUUAUUGUUAACUUUUCCACUAAAAAUUAGUAUAUAUAAAAUAGAAGGAAAUACUAAAACUUGUAUAUCUGAAAGUAAAAUUAAUACGAAAGAAUUAUUUUACCAAAAUAAGUCUGAGUACCAGUGUGACGUAUUAUUGUAUGAUAUGGAACGUAAUAAUAUCGGUAACUUGGAUGUUGUGUUAAAUUUACAAGAUUAUGGUCCAUAUUAUAGGAUUAAGAAAACCAUUCCUAAUGAAAAUUUAGGCCCACCAAUCUUAGAUGAUAGUUUAGCAUAUAAAAUAGUAGACGAGUUAGAAACUUGGAAAGAACGACAAAUGGAAAUAUUUAAAGUUGAGUUAAAAAGGAAAGAAGAUCGUCAUUUAAAUUUAUUAAGUCAGGAAUGGCAAAAAAAUAAAGAAAAUUUAGAAACAAAACUGGCAUGUAGCAUUGAACAAUGUAAAAUGUUAGCAAAUAGUUUAAACAAUGCUACAGAAGAUUUAAGAACACGAAGAUUGAAAAGUCUCGAAAAAGAGACUAGGUUGAUUAAAGCAAAUGAAGAUUUACAAUGGAGAUAUGAAACAAAAUUACGCGAACUUAAAGAAUCAUUUCAAACAGUUCAAGAAGAACUUACGGCAAAGAUUAAUGUUCUUGAAAAAAGAAAGACAGCUUUAGAAACGCAAAGUGAAAAAUUAAAUGCUGAAAAUGAAAGAUUACAGCUGCUUGUAUCAAAACAGUCUGAAGAGUUGGAAACUUAUCAAAAAGGUUCUUUGACUCAGGAUCAAACAGCAAAUUUAUUGCAAGAAUUAAAGACACUCGAAGAAAAAUUACAAAAUGCACAAGAAAAUAAAUCUUUUUUCAAAGAACAAUGGGCGAAAGCAGUUCGUGAGAUACAUCGUAUGAGAAUUGAAUAUCAACAAGCUAUGCAAGUUCAAAUUAAAAACAGUAAAGAAGAAUUACAAAAUUUCGAUCUAGAAGAAAUACUAUGUGCAGACUCUACUGCUUUGACAAACGAUCAAAUAUUAUUAAAUGAAAUUCAGAAAGAAAUUGACAUAAUUAAGCCAAAAGCAUAUCUUGUUGAAAAAGAUGGUUAUUCUCAAGUAUUUACACCAAGUUCCAUGAACUCCAAAAUUUCACAAAAUGCUAACAAUAUAUUAAAAAGAUCAGAAGAGCAGAAUAAAAAGUUGCAAGCAUUAGUUGAAGAACGCGAUUCCCUUUUAAAAACUGGAAGUUAUACAAGUGAUGAUACAGUAAUUAUGAAAUUAAAUAAUGAAAUUAGAUCUUUAAUGAUGAAGUAAUUUUUUUAUACAAACUAUAUCCAAUAUCAUAUUAUAAUAUAAAAUACUUUAUAGCCAUU